UUUAUCCUGCUGGUCGAUCAUUGAUUUGAAUAAAGAGAGGAAAAUCUAUUCCGAAUAAGAAAAAAGUCUUAUCUGAGUAUGUUUGACUUAGAUUAAAUAAAACUUUUUUCAAUUUUAAUUUGAAGUACGGCCGGAUGUUGCCAAAUGGCAACAUACAGUUAUUAAGUAAAAAAUAAUAUUUUUGUUUCAAAGAUUAUAUUUUUGUUAUACUUAUGAUACAACAAUAAGAAAUAUGUGGAAAAAGAAUUUUUUGCUAUUCGCCUUCUAGGAGCCGGUCGGAAAGGGUUAAACAAUAUUCAAAAUUUUUUUUUUCAAAAUUCUUUUAGGUUUACCAAAUGAUAUUGGAUAUGGUCAAAAAUUAUUUUUAUGUUGUCGAGGACAUGUUGUUUUUGAUGGUCCAACUGGUAUGAAUUCGGAUAUUUGGCUUCCACUUCAAGAAAAUCUUAAAAAGAUAACAACAGUAUGUAUUUAUGAUCGAGCCGGAUUAGCAAUGAGUAAUGCACCACUAAGUUCGACAAUUAAACAAAAAUUAGAUGAAAGGGAACAGACAACAGUUAAGCAUCGUGGAAUGGAUUUUACUUCGAAAGAUCUCAAUCGCCUGAUAAGUGCAGCAAGUCAACAACCUAUGCCAUUUAUUUUAGUUGAUGAUGAUUUAGGUGCUAUUGUAGCUCGUUUUUAUGCUCGAAUGUAUGAGUUGUAUAACAAAAUCAUACCUCAUCUUCAUGCUAUGCAACUUUCAGCAGCUAUUGGUAUUAAUCGAAUUCUUGUAUUAACACGUAUGAUUGAUCCACUAUUAAUAAUACAAACAUCUGCUGAUUCAGAUGAUGAUAAAAUAAAUAUGAAUCAGAGACAGAUUAUUGAUUUUAUGCAAUAA